AGUGUGUACCCAUGGGUGCUCUACAACCUCCCCUCCUCGGGGUCUCUGAUUAUGUUUUUCAGACCUUGACGAUCAGGAGGAACUGGCGGGAGCCAUACCAUGUGACCAGAAAUGGCACGAAAAGCUGUGAGAUGACCACCGCGCAUGUGCAGUCCAGCUGACUGCUAAAAGAUAUCCAAUCUGCGGCUCCAAGACAAGCCCGAUACCAACAAUGGAGCAUCCACAGGGGGACACAUCUCGAAGAACCAUUAUUAUUGCACAGGGUCUCAGGGUAACAAUGUUGUUAACAUCCUCCCUCAUGGUAUUAGGAGCUGGCCUAAGAUGUGUACCACUGUCAGACAUAACAAUAAGGAAAAGAUUGAUUCAUGGAGGGCAGCUGUUAAAUGGAUUGGCAGGUCCAACUGUAAUGAAUGCUGCUCCAUUUCUCUCCACUACCUGGUUUUCUCCGGAUGAACGUGCUACUGCAACAGCUAUUGCAUCAUUGCUUAAUUAUCUUGGUGCAGCAUGUGCAUUUUUAGUAGGACCUCUGGUGGUUCCAUCUCCAAAUGGUACAUCUCAUCUUCCACUUGCAUCAGAAAGUAAUUCUGAGCACAUCAAGGACCGCAUUGAGGCUGUGUUAUAUGCAGAAUUUGGAAUGGUCUCCCUGAUAUUUGCUGCAGCACUAGCCUACUUCCCAUCACGCCCUCCAUUUCCUCCCAGUGUGGCUGCAGCUAGUCAACGGCUGAGCUAUAGGAGAAGUUUUUGUAGGCUAUUAAGCAAUUUCCGGUUUUUGAUGAUUGCAUUAGCCUAUGCUAUACCACUGGGUGUUUUCUCUGGCUGGUCUGGUGUUCUGGACUUGAUAUUAACGCCAGUACAUGUCAACCAAGUAGAUGCAGGUUGGAUUGGAUUCUGGUCCAUAGUUGGAGGCUGUGUGGUUGGCAUAGCCAUGGCAAGGUUUGCAGAUUUUAUCAGGGGCAUGCUGAAACUUAUUCUUCUGCUUCUGCUAUUUGGCGCAACACUGUCAUCCACUUGGUUCACUCUCACCUGCCUUACUAGUGUCACUCACCUGCCUUUAACCACAGCUACCUUAUACACGUCUUGUAUCUUGCUGGGAAUAUUUCUGAAUAGUAGCAUACCUAUAUUCUUUGAGCUUUUCGUGGAGACGGUCUACCCUGUUCCAGAAGGAAUUACGUGUGGUGUUGUCACCUUUUUAAGUAACAUGUUUAUGGGAGUGCUUUUGUUUUUUCUCACAUUUUACCAUACAGAGUUGUCCUGGUUCAACUGGUGCCUCCCAGGAUCAUGUUUGCUCAGCCUACUCCUUAUUCUUUGUUUCAGAGAAUCCUAUGAUAGACUUUAUCUUGAUGUCGUAGUCUCAGUUUAAUAGUACAGAACUGACAGUUUAGAGAGAGACUGAAAAUCGAUACUGCAUUCUACACAUUGCCUGGAAUUGCACACUUGUUUGACAGAAAAAGCAAAGAAGCUGCAACAUUUUAAAUGUGGUUUGACCAACUACAAAGAUAUUUUUUUUAAAUACCUCUUGACUUGAUUUUUAUUACAGACUUGAUAAAUGUGUGGGAUUUCAGUUGGGAAUAAUAAUAUCCUAAAAUACACAAGUGAAAUGUAUCUGAUGUGUAUAUUCUAAAGUCAGAACUGUGAUGUCUUAUUUAAAAAACAAUACUUGUAACUGUAAAGUGUAUAGAUUUUCUAUGCCAACUCAAACCACUUAAAGAUUGCAUGAGGUACUCAUAGGAUGCCGAGGUACCAGUAAUCUUUCCAUCUUCUGUUAGAAUACAAAUAGUGAAUAACAUUUUAAAAAAAUCUAUAUUAGCCAAAUAGGUAUCACAUUUAAAUAUUAAAAGGCCAGUAUACAUCCAAGCUAAAAUAAUGUGGAUUUUUGCAUUAUAUUAGCCUUUAAUAAAGCCAUUUGUGUUAAGACUUCGAUACUUGGGUUUUCAACCGACUAAUCUUAACAGUCCUUGUACUGUUGUUGGAAAUCAUUUAACAUUCACUCCAGAAUAAGUGUGCACUGAAUGAUAAGUGCAGUUUUAGUCAUACAGUACUUGCCACUAAAAAUCACUUUAGCUGACAGUGCCAUCUGAAAUUCUGCGGUUUUCCCAUAUGCUUAGAAUAGGAAAGAACUGUGGUAUCACGGAUGUCUCUGUUGAUGCUGUAGUGGCCACCAUAAUACUUCUCAUUCAUCUCCAAUUAAUGCUGUGAAAUCCAAUUUAAUGUUACUAAAUAAUGUGGGUGUAUAGGGCCAAAUCCCCUGUAGAUUUAGCUUUAGUUAAAGGUUUCAGGGUUUGGUCUAUAGUGAAUGUAUGUUUUUAAGAUUAGUUUACGAUUAUGGGUACCUAAGUAAUGCUUUUUAAAUACACAGUUCUUUAAAUGUGGCACUUUAUAGAAAUGUCUUUGUGCUAUGUGAGGUGCUCUUGUUAGCAUUAAAAUAAUAAAUCAUAUGGAAUAUUUUUGUUUCAUGAGUCCAUGAAUUUUGGCAUAACCUCAAAAGUACAGUGCAAAGCAGUAAAUUUUGGUCAGUCUGGCCCUCACUGGAACAAAGGUAUUUUAGACAUUUUGAGUAGUUUUUAACUCAAUUUUAAACUGUUUAGUAACUUUUCAAUUAUAUUCUUUUAAUUUGGUUCAGAUACAUUUAUGGCAUUUCCAUUCUGAGUGUGUUCCUGUACUUCGCGGUGUGUGUGUGUGUGCGC